GUGGGAAUCAUCGGCCACGAGUUUACGAGCUGCUGGCAGACAAGGGACCGCGUCCUGUGCAUCACAAGGGCUCGGCAAGCUAUGGUCAAGUGGGGAUACUCUGCCAGUGAUGUGAAAGUUUUGUUCGAGUAUGUUGACGUGGACCACGAUGGGAACUUGGACCUCUUGGAGUUCAUUGA